AUGAAUACCGAAGCACUGAUCAAGCGUCAAGAGGACUGCUUUGAUAGCAUCAAGAGGAUAUGUGUUAAUUUCGGCAAGGACGCUCCUGAAAGAAAAACACUGGAGUAUCUUAAGAAGAGAAUCGAAGCUCUCGAUACGCACUGGCAACAAUUUGCAGAAACUGACAAGUUACUGAACGCGGGUGAGGAGAAAAACUUAUCUUAUUUUACUAGCAACGUGUUUGUGAAAGCUCAGGAGAAAUAUCUUAGAGCUAAAAGUCAGAUGGUGGCCUUACAAGCGCAGUGGGUAGCUGAACUAAUGAAGACUCAACCACAACCGACUGCUGGAACGUCUAAGGAAGAGAGAGGAGAGUCAGCCGGGACGUUCGGCGUAGUGCAAGACAUAUUUGGAGGGAUAAAUACGGAUUUAACUGACAGGAAGAGCGUCUUGUUACAACAACAACAAGGUAAUUUCAAAGCUUUUCAACGUGCCGCUACCAAGGUCAACAUCGACACCAUCGAGGAAAAAUGGGACCUGGAAGAUCGGUUAAAUAUUCUCAAGACUAAAUGGAAUGCUAUUGACAAAAUUCAUUGGGAAUUGGACAACUGGCUCAACGGAUCUAACGAAUUAUAUGAGCAGGAGUAUAACAGGUUAGAGAAUCUCUAUGAAGAAUUACGCAAGGUCAUCAACAAGAAGAUGUGGGCCAACUUACACUACGAGAAGUCUACGCCGAGAGUAGAAAUCCCGGAAUUCUCUGGCGAGUACGCUCAGUGGGUUUCAUUUAAAGAUAUCUUCAUGGAAACGAUUCAUAACAACCCCCUUAUCAGUAAAACACAGAAAAUGCAGCAUUUGAAGACAAAACUUAGGGGUGAAGCUGAGAAACUGGUGCAGCAUUUAACUGUGUCAGCAGAUAAUUACGAGUGCUGUUGGGAAAUUAUUCAAAACCGGUUUGACAAUAAGAGACUGCUAUUUUCAUCAUACAUCAAUACUCUGUUAAACCAACCUAUUGUCCAGCAACCGAAUGCGUAUCAAAUAAAGAGGAUGCAUGAUACGACAUUAGAAGCCUUGAACGCGCUAAAGAACAUUGGAUUGGAUACUUCGACUUGGGACCCGAUAGUGGUUCACCUCUUGUCACAGAAGCUGGAUGCAGCCACUUACAAUGACUACGUGCAAGGCUUACAAAAACCGAGAGAGUUUCCAGUGCUAAAGGAGUUGCUGAACUUUCUAGAAUCCAAAUUCAUGGCCUUAGAAACCGUCAAAACUAAUCACCCAGCGGUGAAAAGUUAUUACAAGAAUAACGAGGUCAAGGCGCCGAGCUUCAAGAACGCGGAAAAAGGCAGCAAAUCAUUCCAUGUUUCUAUUAAAAACUGUCCACUAUGCAAGAAAGAUCACGUCCUCAUGAAUUGUCCAACAUUCUUAAGCACGAACGUGCCUAACAGAAUUGCAACUGUCACGAAAUUACGAGUGUGCAGAAAUUGUUUAUUCGACCAUUACGGUAAACAAUGCGAUUCUAAUAAAAAAUGCAAAGUGUGUAACAAAUCGCACCACACAUUUUUGCACGAAACUAACUUCAAAGGACAAUCAACAUCAACCCCUUCGUGGUCACCCCAGAAAAAUACUAACCUUGUUAAAAAAGAGGAAGAAGAAGUUUUACUUACCACCGUGAAAAUUAUGGUUAAAAAUACUGAUGGGAACUAUAUAGUAUUACGAGCUUUACUGGAUCAGGGAUCUCAAGUGUCACUGAUCACUGAGAACGCGGCGCAGCGACUCAGACUGGCGAGGCAAAAGGGAAACGCAGUCGUAUCAGGAGUUGGAUCAGCAAUGGGCAGCAGCAAAGGCUUACUGACACUGGAGUGUAAAUCAAUACAUUCAGAUUAUAAAUUUAUUACAAAGGUGCUCAUAAUGAACAAACUGAUUAAUAACUUACCCAAUACUAAACUAACCACGUCAAACUGGACGCACCUAGACAAUAUUAAACUGGCUGACCCCGAUUACUUCACUCCUGGCCCAAUUGAUCUAUUGCUCGGAGCGGAUAUUUACUCCGAGAUUAUACUGGAGGGAGUGCUGAAGCAGGAUUCAAACUCUCCCGUCGCGCAGCAGACCAAGUUGGGCUGGAUUCUAUGCGGAAACACCAAAACAUUCAAGUGCUUUGUAACCCUCAAUGAGAUAGAGGAGUUAACUAGAUUCUGGGAAUCAGAGGAAAUAACAAAGGACACCGAGCUCACAGAUUCUGAAGCGUACUGUGAAAAGUAUUACGCGGAAACAACUGAACGGCAAGAAGAUGGCAGAUACAUCGUUAAGAUGCCUCUCAAGGAAGAUAUAGCCUCCAAACUGGGAAGCUCAAAACCUCAGGCUAUCUGUCAAUUUCACCAGCUAGAGAAACGAAUGGCAAGAAAAGACUCUCCUUUCCGGUCAAAGACCUACGGAAAGACAUAA